AUGAUUCUUCACAACGACAAGGAACAAUAUUAUCAGAGUCGAAAAGAUGUGGCCAAACGAAUAGCUGGUCGAGCGAAAUAUCUGAAAGACAGUACAGGAGAUGGUGAUGAAGAGGAGGUAACCUGUUCCAUUCGUUAUUCAACAGCAGAAAGAUCUAUUUUCUCAGUUGCAUCAUCAUUAUCAAUUAUUGGUAAGAGAAAAAUUAAUAUUUAGAUAUGGAUCUAUUUUAUUAAAUAUAAGUUUUGGCUUACCCCCAUAUGACACAAUAAACUGAGCGUACCCAAAAGAGAUAAUAAAAUGCAGUUUUAAAAGAGAUAAUAAACUCUGACGUUUAAAUUGAGACAACAAAUCUUAGUAUUCCAAAAGAGAUAAUAAAGUCAAAUCUCCCA